AUGAUUUAUAUGUUCGAUCAGUGAUACAGGUAAUUUUUUCGUGAACGGUUGUCUUUCAUUAUAUCGGGGAAGAGUGGUCUCGUUAUAAGUUUUUUUUUUGGCGAACAUACAAAAUUUCGGCAAUUUUAGAUCAGUUUUAAAUUAUGGAACGCCGAGUAUCGAAAUGUUCCAUCGAUUCAACACAAGAAAUCAGUAACUUUCGUACAGCUUUACCGCAAUUCUUGGCUGUGGGUGUGAAGAAUGUUUUACUUUUCGGCUAUGGCAUGACACUGGGAUUCCCGACGAUUGUAAUUCCGGCGAUCCAAGGUGGUGAUGGUCAUUAUGACGAACAUCCGAAUGAAAUCAAAUUGAACAAAGAGGAAAUUUCAUGGUUCAGUUCCAUAAAUUUAUUGUGCGUCCCAUUGGGGUGUAUCUUUUCGGGAAUGUUAACUCAACCAAUAGGCAAACGGAUGGCAAUGCAAAUUGUGAACAUUCCCAUUCUAAUGGCGUGGCUGCUAUUUCACUUCUCGACUAACGUAUAUCAUCUUUAUGGAGGUUUGUGCUUAGUAGGAUUGAGUGGUGGCUUAAUGGAGGCUCCAGUUUUAACGUAUGUUGCUGAGGUAACUCAGCCGAAAUUCAGAGGAAUGUUAGCGGCUACUGGGUCGACCUGUGUAAUUCUUGGAGUUUUCACACAGUUUCUUCUUGGCACUUUCUUCAAAUGGAGAACAAUUGCAGCAAUGUCGGCCAUUUUCCCACUACUAUCAAUUACGGCUCUUUUUUUCGUGCCAGAGAGUCCACACUGGCUGUUAUUCAAAGAUCGAACAGAUGAUGCACGCAAAUCAUUAGCAUGGCUUCGCGGUUGGGUGCCAAUCGAACGAAUCGAAACUGAGUUCAGGGAAAUACAGUCUGUGAUGAAAAAGCUACCAUCGGAAAGUGUGUCGCUCGCAUCGUCGACAUCGAAAGGGAAAUGUGGUGCGGCCGUACCAUAUACAAAAAAGAGCUUCUUAGUGCCCUACGGUUUGGUCACGUUAACGUUCUUUAUCGGACAUUUUUCUGGAAAAACUCCUCUUCAAACGUAUGCCGUUCAGAUAUUUCACACUCUCAAAGCACCCAUCGAUAAAUACUAUGCCACAGUACUUCUUGGAGCUGUCGAAAUACUCGGUACUGUGUUUUGCGUCGUACUGAUCCACUAUACCGGUAAACGUCCGCUAGUGUUAAUAUCCACGAUAGGUGUAGGUGUAGGCUUCCUUGGCACAGCAACAUAUGCAACAUUUUUACAUUCUGUGCCCGGAGUUUCGGUAGACAAUGUGGUAGCGAAUGUGUCAUCAUUGGAUCUGAACAAGGCGAAUAUCGUAACGGUCAUGAAUAUACCCGAACUACUGGAGUCUUCGCUUUUGGAGAACUACAAAAAUGAUUCAGUGCGGAAUGGCACCACUGAAGACUAUGAGGAUCAAACGCACGUAAUGAAAGUAAGAGCUGUUAUGGAACCGAUUGGUCUACAGCGCGAGGAAUACAUGAUACCAAUGUCCAUUUAUGACGAUUUCAAUUCGACUAACUUUGAUUUUGACCUAAUGACCAGUGGCGUGGCCGAAACCGAACCACCGUUUAAUUUUACUUUUGAUCAGGAGAAUAAGACGACAGAAGCGACUUUGCUGAAAUUGGAUGAGAAGAAAAACCUACUCGAUCACCUCGUCAUUAAGAUUCCGAAAGCCGAAGAAAAUCGGUUCUUGUGGCUUCCAUUGACCCUGCUGCUGAUGAGUGCUUUUUUCGCCCAUAUGGGAAUUAAGUUGAUACCGUGGAUGUUAAUCGGAGAAGUAUUUCCCGCUACCGUGCGAAGUGGAGCAUCUGGUAUCAGUGGUGGCACAGGCUACGCCUUCGCCUUUCUAUCCAACAAAUUGUUCUUGAAAAUGCUAGCAACGUUAACAUUACCGGGUACAUUUUUCUUCUAUGCCGGCGUGGCGUUCGUAGGGACAAUCAUCUUGUAUUUUGUGUUACCGGAGACGGAAGGUAGAUCGUUGACUGAAAUCGAAGAGCAUUACUCGGGAGGCUUACGUUUGAAUCGGAAACGCAACCAAUCGACGGACGAAGAAAAACAUGGCAGUGCCACUACGGUCGUUGCACCAAUUCGCCCGAAAGCAGAUAUAGUUAUCGGAGUUGCAGCUGUGGAAAAAAAUGCAUCCGGGCAGGAGAAGAAUAGAAAGCAAAAGGCACAUAUCGAUCUGAAGAACUGGAACAGCGAUAAGGUCUUCCAACGACAUCUUGGUGAAAAGAAUGAAAAUUUGCAAAAUCAUCCGCAUCCGCAUCAGCAUCAUCCACUCUACGCUCAAAAUCCAAGGGCAUACAUGCGCAAUAACAAUCGUACAAAAACCGGGGACGAUAGUAAUGUGACGGUGUUCUCAACGCAUUUGUAGCACUUAAAAUAAAUUCGGAAUUCAAUC